AUGCCCGAGUUGAUACCAGAGCGGACGACCAACGCAAAUUCGGAAACCCAAACCGAUUCUAAUGGGAUUCAAGAAGGCCUCGGUAGCCUGAAUCGCUGGUCUCAAUCGACCGUUUCUAGCAAGGAUUCGCCUGUCAACCGUUCUCGGGGAAAUUCAUCGCCUAGUAAUAUUGAAUCUCCGAAGGCAAAUGCAAGCCCGGCUAGCACCUCUAGCCCUGAGUGUUACGUUCUCGAUCACCAGCGUGGCCAAUCACAGGGGUUUCGUGUCUCCCAGCUUUCCAUGUCAGCGAGCCAUACCGAAGCGUCCAGACUUGGAUCAUCAGAUGCUGGUACGAUACCCAAGUUGGCGGCGAAUGAUACCUUCGAUUCAAACCUUGAGACAUCGGAGCCUGUGUUAGCCUCCCCGGCUCUCUUCCAAAACCCGUGGGCAAAGUCAAGCUCACUCAGCAUGGGCUCUGGCGAACGUAAUCUAUCUCACGAUCUAGCGAGCUCUCAACAGGUUUCCGACAGCUCACGCCCAGCAUCAGCAAAGGGAUAUGGCUCUGGACAACGGCGGCGGGCCUAUUCCCAGAAAGCAAUGCUUUCUAAAGCAUUGCAGAAGGCUAAUACUGCAGUUCUCCUGGACAAUGCAGCUAAUUUCGAAGGUGCAAUGGAAGCUUACAACGAUGCUUGCCAACUUCUACAACUAGUCAUGCUGCGAAGCAACGGAGGAGAAGACGAGAGAAUGAAGCUUCAAGAGAUUCGCGACACCUAUAUGCUUCGUGUCACCGAGCUGCGUCGUAUGGACUUCUCCUUCCGCGAAGUUAACAGCAAAGCGCUUCCUGAACGUCCUCUUAGUCAGGAGUCAUACGGAGCCAUGUCGCAACCCAUAGAUGACGAGGAUGAUUUUCAUCCUGAGGAGAGAUAUGACUACUUGCAGUCCGGAUCUUUCGUUCAUGAUCAUCCCAUCUCUGAAGGAUCUAGAACCAUGGUGCCCAAUCAAAUGCCUCCGAGGCGUCAGUCGCUAUUGCCGUCGCCUCUGGAGGAUGAGUCAAGGCAAGCGUCGGAGAAAUUGUUUCAGGGCGCACUGGGCCCUCCACAGGAUACAUACUUGACCAGAGGACUCGGUCAGGAUGAGGAAUCCUCGUCUUCCGGGGAUCCUCAUUCUGAGUUGACGUUACUGAGCACUCACGCCAGGGACAUCUACGAGUCAACCUCUUGGCUCGAUACAAUCGACGAGUCUGGUGCUUCUUCACCUUCUUCCCAGCACUCCCGAGUAUCUUCUGUGUAUCUACGGCGGAGGAGAAGCUACCGCUUCAGCCAUGGUACUGAAGCCGAGUUUGAUGCUGCAUUAGAUGCUGCCGUUGAGGCUGCAUACGAUGAAGGCCUGGAACCAGCGGUAGAGGUGGACAGUUACGAUACAGACGAUGAGAUUGUAGCGAACGCUCGCAGGAACGUUGAGUUGGCAAAACAGAGAGUAAGGGAAGCGGAAAGAGAAGCGGAAGUAGCAAUAACACAGGGCCACGAUCUUCGCCACAUACUCGAGCAGACGAAGCUCGACCAUCCAAGUGAUUUGAUCCAGGAUUAUCCUGACGAUGAAGCUGAAGAAGAGGAGCGAUUGUUGGAUGAGAUGACCAGUGGCUACGUUAUGGAUGAUUUCGCAUUUGAUCUCCAGUCAAAAUCUGCUCUUCCGCGCCAGUCAGGUUCGAGCGUGUUAUCCGCUAGGACCUGGGAGAGCUCGGUGGUCCCUAAUUCAGCUACAACAACACCCGGCGUGACUUUGGCUCCGCUGGAGGAAGAUGACGUUGUAUUAGAGGAUCAAUCAGAGAAAUCUCAGAGCGCACUUACUCCAUUGGAGUUCGACCUAGUUUCCUCGCCUCAUGUUCCUUCCGGCCUACCCAAACAGUCUUCUGUGCUAACAGCGAGUCCAAGCGUGCGAGCACGGCGAAUGUCAGGUCAAAACCCGACGGAACUGAAAAUCGAAACAAGCUCUCGUCCUAAGAUUGGCGAUGAUGCGCUCACCCAAAGCUCCGCGGAUACGCACUCGUUUCGACCACCCCCUGUGCCCAAAGACGGAUCUCAAACACUCUCUUCCGCAAGCUCUAGUACAAAAACUCCCGCUUCAGCUUCCGUUCUUACACCAGCCGUGCAUCUCAGCCGAAGGAAUGCUUCAAUUGCAUCACUGGCUGAAGAUGGUUCCACCGUUGAAGUACUAGAGAAAAUUAUUACAGAGGAGGGAAAACCGUAUGCCAGGAUAUCGAAGGUGCCAUCACCCGCCCGUCUGAUUGGCAAGGUGCCUUCAGCUCCAGACAACCUGGGCAAGUUAAAUUCAGGUCUGAAGACGUUCCGGCCGAGGAAUGUCUCUGUGCCGGCGCCUGAUCUGUCUGCCAAUUCCCCGGAAACGCCAUCAAGCGGUGCAUUCCCGGACCUCCAUAAGGGAACGGCAACUGGCCCGGCUCCUUCUCUACCUACACCUAUUGGUGCAACUUUUGCGCCGUCCGGUCUGACCAGUGGAGGCCUGUAUUUGUUCGAUAGCCACAUCCACUCACCGACGAGUCCCGGAUCCCCCAAUCCAAUGGCUGCGAACGCCCCUAUUCCUUUAGAGCCGUGUCCCGAGUCAUUUCUUUUACGUCCAUUCUGGCUCAUGAGAUGUAUUUACCAGACCAUCGCUCAUCCGCGAGGCGGUUAUUUAUCUACGAAGCUAUUCGUGCCCCAUGAUGUGUGGGGCGUUAAAAACGUGAAACUUAGGGCGGUCGAAGAAAAGGUGUCCAACUGCGACUUGUUGACGGCGGCGUUACUUAAGCUUGCUAAGGUGGACACUUAUGAUGCCGACGCCGUCCUGGAGGAAAUGCAAUCCUUGGAAGCUGUGCUCGACCAGGUGCAGGUGUCUCUGUCAAAGAAGAUAAGCAGCGAAGUCGGCGUGCAAGGGGCUUUGCCGAUCUUCAAAUAUUCUCAGAGCUCUGAGGAUGCGGCAAAUGGGUUUGAUAAUAUGCCGCAGAAAGUCAACAGCAGUUCAAGCAAAUCGUCAUAUCUAACUUCGUGGCGAAAAUUGCGUUCCAAAAACUCAGGCUUCGGUGCUCCCGCUACACCAGUGCAUUCCAAAGAAACCAGCAAAGAUAAUUUAACAAUCAGUUCGCUCCCCAUGACUUCGUUGCCGACUUCCCAGGCUGCCAGGCGUGUUACACAACAGGUCCAGUUCAGUGGACCCAACGCACAUUAUAUGGCAGCGCUCGCCCGACUGUGCGACGCUGCGCAGGUGCUGGACCAGAUUGCCCAGCAAGUUGAAGACCCCGGUCUCAAACAUUCCUCGCCCACAUUAGUCGGCCUGGAGUUGAGUACACGCCAUGCUGCCGAGUUUUUCGGAUUCUAUAUCUGCCGAUUCGCUUUGAACGACAUUGGCAUGAUGCUUGAUAAGUUCAUCAAGAGAGGAAGUGAAUGGGUUUUGAUCUGA